AUGCAAAACGCUUGCGAUUAUGCCAAUGCGAUUUACCCAUGUUUGAGUAACGUACAACCCAGCUGUGACCCAACAGAAUUUGAAGCAGUUUUAGCGACUGAAGACGCAGCUCGAGACCGAACAAUUAUUGAAGCACCAGACAAUUGUGGACUUCCACUACCAGUAACUACACCAGCACCUUCCUGUUUUGAUCUGUUAAACUCCUGUGUACAGUUUAAAGAUACUGGAUCAACCGAUCCCUGUCAGGCAGCGACUAAUAUCGAGUCGUGUUUAAACGAGCUGACAUCACAGUGUUCUGAAGCUGAUCUACAGGUUGUUGGCAACAAUCAGGGUCCAUACAUCACUCAACUGAUACAACAAGAUCCUUCAGGACAACAAUGCUUAUGUUGUUUUUACGAUUAUUAUCAUGUUUCAGACCCCUUUUGUAUGAACGUGUAUAAUCAAUGCUACGAUGCUUAUACAACAGGAGUUACCGACCCUUGUCAACAGGCUGGUGUUAUCGAGCCAUGCCUGGGUACUAUACUACAAGAAAGACUGUGUCCAUACGAUGUUAUUGGAAAUGUUUACAAUUCACAAAUAGUGGUCAAAGACCAAUUGGUUGCUCAAGACCCCAACGGAUGUCAGAUUACAACUACACAAACAACUACGACUGCAGAACUCACAACUACAACUACAGAACCCACCAGUACAACUGCAGAACCCACCACCACAACUGCAGAACCCACCACUACAACUGCAGAACCAACAACUACAACUUUAGAACCAACAACUUCAACUUUAGAACCAACAACUACAACUGCAGAACCAACAACUACAACUUUAGAACCAACAACUACAACUGCAGAACCAACAACUACAACUUUAGAACCAACAACUACAACUGCAGAACCAACAACUUCAACUUUAGAACCAACAACUAGAACUUUAGAACCAACAACUCCAUCUACAGAUCCAACAACCACAACUGCAACUACAGAACCCACAACUACAACUGCAGAACCAACAACUCCAACUUUAGAACCAACAGCUUCAACUGUAGAACCAACAACAACAACUGCAGAAACCACAACUACAACUACAGAACCAACAACUCCAUCUACAGAUCCAACAACCACAACUGCUGAACACACUACUACAACUUUAGAACUCAAAACUAUAACUGCUGAAUCAACAACUACGAAUGCAGAACCAACAACUACAACCACAGAACCAUCAACUGCAACUGCAAAACCAACAACAACAACUGCAGAGUCAACAACUACACCAACAGAGUCUACAACGACAGAGCUAACAAGUACAAGCACAGAAAUAACAACAACUAUAAUAACACAGCUAGCAUCUACAACUACACAGUCCACAACACCAGAGCUACCAUCAGGAAUAGAGAAUUGUGCUGCUGGAUCUUUAACAUGUAUUUAUAAAUUUCAACAGGAUGAAUAUCUCGCUAAUGGAUCUAUACCUCUUAUAUGUCUAGCUGUAGAUGAAACAAUCAGUUGUAUUAAAAAUAGAAGUUCUGGGUGUGAUCCAGUAGCAGCUGCUGACGUCAUUCAGAGUAUGAACAGUGUAAUAGAACAAUAUACUGUACUACCGUAUAGUUGUACAUUGGAAAAUGAAGUAGAAGAACUAGAUGGUUGCCCUGGUGAACUAGCUAACUGUACAGAACUUUUGAAUCAAGCAAAACAACAAUCUGAUGCUUCUGAAUCUUGUCGUCUCAACGACGAUUAUAAAAACUGUAUGACUGACAGAACACCAUCUUGUGACGCUGAUAUCAAGGUAACAAUAGACAAGAAUGUCCAGGAUGCUGAAACAUUCUUCCAGGAUAGAAAUUACUUCUGUGAUGAGAGAUUGGUGAAUAAUUUAACUGUAUGUGAUACCAGCUACAAUAUUUGCAACAUUAAACUACAGCCGAUUGGAAAUACUGUAUUUUCGUCUACUGACGUGUGUCGAAUUGCUGAUGAUUUUAAUACCUGUGUGGAUGAAAUGGCGGGAAACUGUACAACACAGAUUAAAAACUUCUAUUUAACAACACGUGAUAACAUUGUUUCCAGUUUUGAUCAGAAACCGUACUUCUGUGCUGAUGUGAAUGCCUGCUUGACCCUAUUUAAUGAUUGUAAUGACACCUUGUCUCAGAAUGCCAAUACAGAUUGCGAACUUAUGAAUAUGUAUGACAUCUGCCUUACCAGUAUCUCUCCACUGUGUGAUGCACAGAAAUUCGUUAAUCUUACUGAUGUGAUUGAGCAAAUCCAAAGUGAAACUCGAUCACAAGAUCCACAUCUAUGUACAACUCAGGCCCCCACAACACUCACGACUUCAUCAUCGAUACUUUCAACAACUGUAAAAUCAACUACAGAUGCUACAACCACAAAGGUCUCCACAUCAACCACAGGGGAACCAACAACUACUGAACUACCUUCAGGAGUAGAGAAUUGUGCUGCUGGAUCUUUACCAUGUAUUUAUAAAUUUCAAGAAGAUGAAUACCUCGCUAAUGGAUCAGUUCCUCUUAUAUGCUCAGCUGUAGAUGAAACUAUCAGUUGUAUUAAGAAUAAAAGUUCUGGGUGUGAUCCAGUAGCGGCUGCUGACGUCAUUCAGAGUAUGAACAGUGUCAUAGAACAAUAUACUGUUCCACCGUAUAGCUGUACACUCGAAAAUCAAUUAGAAGAACUAGAUGGUUGUCCUGGUGAACUAGCUAACUGUACAGAAAUGUUGAAUGAAGCUAAGCAACAAACCGAUCCCAAUGAAGCUUGUCGUAUCAACAAUGACUACAAGAACUGUAUGACUGACAGAACACCAUCUUGCGACGCUGAUAUCCAGGUAACAAUAGACAAAAAUAUCCAGGAUGCUGAAACAUUCUUCCAGGAUAGAAAUUACUUCUGUGAUGAGAGGCUGGUUAAUAAUUUGACUGACUGUGACACAGGUUUCCAGAAUUGUAACCAGAAAUUGAAUGUUAUUGGUCGUACGAGAUUCACAUCAUCAGAAGUCUGUCCAAUUGCUGAUGAUUUCAAUAUUUGUGUUGAUGAAAUGGUGGGAAACUGUACAACAAAUAUUAAAAACUUCUAUUUAACAACACGAGACAAUAUUGUUUCCAGUUUCGAUCAGAAACCUUACUUUUGUGCUGACGAAAAUGCUUGUUUAACCUUAUUCAAUGACUGUAAUAAUACUUUAUCACCUAAUACCAAUACAGACUGUGAGCGGAUGAAAACAUACGAUAUCUGUCUGAAAAGUAUCUCGCCCUUGUGUGAAGCACAGCAAUUUGAUAAUUUAACCGCAGCUAUUAUAAAGAUUCAAAAUGAUACCAGAGAUCCAUAUUACUGUACAACAACAGUAGCUCCUUCUACAGAAACCACCAUGCCGUCGACAUACAUAAUGACAAGUGAGAAGAUAACGUCGACCUCAUCAACCACAAAUGGACAGUCGCCAUCAACAACAACCGAAUUACCAUCAGGAGUAGAGAAUUGUGCCGCUGGAUCUUUACCAUGUAUUUAUAAAUUUCAAGAAGAUGAAUAUCUCGCUAAUGGAUCUGUUCCUCUUAUCUGCUCAGCUGUAGAUGAAACAAUCAAUUGUAUUAAAAAUAGAAGUUCUGGGUGUGAUCCAGUAGCAGCUGCUGACGUCAUUCAGAGUAUGAACAGUGUAAUAGAACAGUAUACCGUUCCUCCAUAUAGUUGUACAUUAGAAAACAAAGUUGAAGAGCUAGAUGGAUGUCCAGGAGAACUAGCUAACUGCACUGAGUUUUUAAACCAAGCCAAACAAACGACCGGCCCCUCUGAGGCAUGUCGAUUAAACGAUGACUAUAAGUCAUGUAUGACAAACAACACUCCUUCCUGUGAUAUUACAAUACAAGAUACCAUCAAUAGAAAUAUUGAAGAUGCUGAUCAGUAUUUUACUGAUAGAAAUUACUUCUGUGAUGAAAGGUUAGUCAAUAACCUUACGAUAUGUGACGAAUCUUACAAAGAAUGUAAUUCAAGACUCCAACCUGUUGGCAGAGAUGCUCUAACUUCAACUGAUGUGUGUCCGAUUGCUGAUGAUUUUCAAGUGUGUAUCGAUGAAAUUUCUGGAAACUGUACCACGAAGAUUCGAGCCUUUUAUACAGAAACAGCAACUAAUAUUCGAGCCAGUUUCAAUAGGAGACCUUAUUUCUGUGAUGAUGACGAUGCCUGUAAUAAAUUAUUUGCUGAUUGCAAUGAUACACUGAGUGGAAAUGAAGAGGAUGACUGUGGAUUAAUACCGAUCUAUAGAACGUGUCUAUCCAGUAUAUCUGAUAUUUGUGAUGUUGAACAGUUCUCUAACCUGACCACUAGGAUUAACCAGAUAGAAAAUGAUACAAUCGAAGAAGAUCCCAAUCAGUGUAAACCCACUACCACGAUUCCGCCAACCACGACAACAGGUGUAUCAACAACAACUACAGCGCCAUAUACUACAACAGAACGGCCAACAGGACUAGCGUACUGUGCUGGAGAAUCUAUGUUUUGUAUCAACCAGUUUAAUCAAGAUGAAGUUCAAGCCAAUGGAACUGUUUCUCUCAUCUGCCAAGCUGUAGACAGAGCCUUAUUGUGUAUCGCCAACAAAACAUCAACUUGUGAUCCUAUAUCAGCAGCUUCAGUAGCUAACAGUAUGUCUGGUAUAAUCGAGGGUUACCAAGGCCCACCUAAUAACUGUAGUCUCGAGAAUUCUGAAAAUCCAGCAUUUCAAUUAGAUGGCUGUACUAAAGCUUUGGCUGAUUGUGAUGAAGUUUUAACUAAAGCAAAGGCACAAUUCGAUGCCAACGAUGGUUGCAGGAUUAACGAAGGUUAUAAGAAUUGUAUGAUAGAAAAUACGACAGAUUGUGAUGUGAGUUUUGUGGAUUCAAUCAAUCAGAAUAUUCAACAAGCUGAUCUUUAUUUUAUACAGAGGAACUAUUUCUGUCAGGAACGAAUCGCCAACAACCUGACUGAAUGUGAUGCUUCUUUUAGAAACUGUAAUUCUAUCAUACAAGAUAUUGGUAGAACUGUUACCAAAUCACAACAAGUCUGCAUGUUAGUAGAACAAUUCGAUUUGUGUAGAACUAACAUGACUGACUCUUGUACAACAAAAAUCGGAGAAUUUUACUACAAGAACGCUGAAACAUCAUCGGAACGAUUCACCGGAGUUCCUUUCUUCUGUGGAUUAGAGAAUGGUUGUGAGAAAUUAUUUGAUGACUGUAAUGAAACUCUGGGAUCCAGCAGCUUAGAGCCGUGUGGUUUACUACCAAUCUACAGAACAUGUUUGUCCAGUAUAUCUGAUAUCUGUGAUGUUGAACAGUUCUCUAACCUGACCACUAGGAUUAACCAGAUAGAAAAUGAUACAAUAGAACAAAAUCCUAAUAAUUGCAUACCUACUACAACAGCAAUUCCCUCAACAGCAACACCAUCAACUACAACAGAAAGACCAACAGGACUAGCGUACUGUGCUGGAGAAUCUAUGUUUUGUAUCAACCAGUUUAAUCAAGAUGAAUUUCUAGCCAAUAGAACUGUUGCUCUCAUCUGCCAAGCUGUAGACAGAGCCUUAUCAUGUGUCGCCAACAAAACAUCAACUUGUGAUCCUAUAUCAGCAGCUUCAGUAGCUAACAGUAUGUCUGGUAUAAUCGAAGGUUAUCAAGGUCCGCCUAAUAAUUGUAGUCUCGAGAAUUCUGAAAAUCCAGCUUUUCAAUUGGAUGGUUGUACUAAGGCUUUAGCUGGUUGUGAUGAAACCUUAACUGAAGCAAAGGAACAAUUCGAUGCCAACGAAGGAUGCAGAAUGAACGAAGAAUAUAAGAAUUGUAUGAGAGAAAAUACGACAGAUUGUGAUGUGAGUUUUGUGGAUUCAAUCAAUCAGAAUAUACAACAAGCUGAUCUUUAUUUUAUACAGAGGAACUAUUUCUGUCAGGAACGAAUCGCCAACAACCUGACUGAAUGUGAUGCUGCUUUUAGAAACUGUAAUUCUAUUAUACAAGAUAUUGGUAGAACUGUUACCAAAUCGCAAGAAGUCUGCAAGUUGGUAGAACAAUUCGACUUGUGUAGAACUAACAUGGCUGACUCUUGUACUCCAAAACUCGGGGAAUUUUACAACAAAAAUGCUAAAACAUCAUCUGAAAGAUUUACUGGCGUUCCAUUCUUCUGUGGAUUAGAGAACGGCUGUGAGAAAUUAUUUGAUGACUGUAAUGAAACUCUUAGUUCCAGCAACUUAGAACCUUGUGGUUUCCUACCAAUCUAUAGAUCGUGUUUGUCCAGUAUAUCUGAUAUCUGUGAUGUUGGACAGUUCUCUAACCUGACCGCAAGAAUUAACCAGAUACAGAAUGAUACAAUCGAAGAAGAUCCAAAUAAUUGUAUGCCAACAACAACAGCAAUUCCUUCAACAUCGAUUACAACAGAAAGACCAACAGGACUAGCGUAUUGUGCUGGAGAAUCUACGUUUUGUAUCAACCAGUUUAAUCAAGAUGAAUAUCGGGCCAAUGGCACUGUUUCUCUUAUAUGCCUAGCUGUAGACAGAGCUCUAUCAUGUGUUGCCAACAAAACAUCAACUUGUGAUCCUAUAUCAGCUGCUUCAGUAGCUAACAGUAUGUCUGGUAUAAUCAAAGGUUAUCAAGGUCCACCUAAUAAUUGUAGUCUCGAGAAUUCAGAUAAUCCAGCCUUUCAAUUAGAUGUUUGUACCAAAGCUUUAGCUGCUUGUGAUGAAAAGUUAACUGAUGCUAAAACGAAUUUUGAUGUAAACGAGGGUUGCAGAAUUAACGAAGUUUAUAAAAAUUGUAUGAGAGAAAAUACGACAGAUUGUGAUGUGAGUUUUGUGGAUUCAAUCAAUCAGAAUAUACAACAAGCUGAUCUUUAUUUUAUACAGAGGAACUAUUUCUGUCAGGAACGAAUUGCCAACAAUCUGACUGAGUGUGAUGCUGCUUUUAGAAACUGUAAUUCUAUUAUACAAGAUAUUGGUAGAUCUGUUACCAAAUCACAACAAGUCUGCAAGCUAGCAGAAGAAUUUAACUUAUGUAGAACCAACAUGACCGACUCUUGUACUCCACAAAUCGGAAAAUUUUACAACAAGAAUGCUGAAACAUCAUCUGAACGAUUCACCGGUGUUCCAUUCUUCUGUGGCUCAGAUAAUGGUUGUCAGAAAGUGUUUGAUGAUUGUAAUAAUACUCUAGGAGCCAGGAUGGUAGAACCUUGUGGUUUCCUACCAAUAUACAGAACGUGUCUAUCCAGUAUAUCUGAUAUUUGUGAUGUUGAACAGUUCUCUAACCUGACCACUAGAAUUAACCAGAUAGAAAAUGAUACCAUAGAACAAGAUUCUAAUGACUGUAUUCCCACAACCACGCCUCCUGUAACCACUACUACUGAACAACCAACAGGACUAGCGUACUGCGCUGGAGAAUCUAUGUUUUGUAUCAACCAGUUUAAUCAAGAUGAAUAUCUAGCCAAUGGUACUGUUUCUCUCAUCUGCCAAGCUGUAGACAAGGCAUUAUCGUGUGUCGCCAACAAAACAUCAACUUGUGAUCCAAUAUCAGCCGCUACGGUAGCAAACAGUAUGUCUGGUAUAAUCGAGGGUUAUCAAGGUCCACCGAAUAAUUGUAGUCUCGAGAAUUCUAAUAAUCCAGCCUUUAAAUUAGAUGGUUGCACCAAAGCCUUGGCUGAUUGUGAUAAGAAACUUACUGAGGCUAAAACGAAUAUUGAUGUCAACGAAGGAUGCAGAAUUAACGAAGUUUAUAAAAAUUGUAUGAGAGAAAAUACGACAGAUUGUGAUGUGACUUUUGUGGAUUCAAUCAAUCAGAAUAUACAACAAGCUGAUCUUUAUUUUAUACAGAGGAACUAUUUCUGUCAGGAACGAAAUGCCAACAACCUGACUGAAUGUGAUGCUUCUUUUAGAAACUGUAAUUCUAUUAUACAAGAUAUUGGUAGAACUGUUACCAAAUCACAACAAGUCUGCAAACUGGCAGAAAAAUUUGAUCUUUGUAGAACCAACAUGACUGACUCUUGUACUCCACAAAUUGGGAAAUUUUACAACAAGAAUGGUGAAACAUCAUCUGAACGAUUCACUGGUGUUCCUUUCUUCUGUGGAUCAGAUAAUGGUUGUCAGAAAGUAUUUGAUGAUUGUAAUAAUACUCUAGGAGCCAGGAUGGUAGAACCUUGUGGUUUCCUACCAAUAUACAGAACGUGUCUGUCCAGUAUAUAUGAUAUUUGUGAUGUUGAACAGUUGUUUAACCUGACGACUAAAAUUAACCAAAUAGAAAAUGAUACAAUAGAACAGGAUCCUAAUAAUUGUAUUCCAUCCACGACUCCUCCUCCUACAACCACACUGCCAUCUACUACCACCAAACGACCAACAGGACUAGCGUACUGUGCUAGAGAAUCUAUGUUUUGUAUCAACCAGUUCAAUCAAGAUGAAGUUCAAGCCAAUGGAACUCUUUCUCUUAUCUGCCAAGCUGUUGAUAGAGCUCUAUCAUGUGUCGCCAACAAAACAUCAACUUGUGAUCCUAUAUCGGCAGCUUCAGUAGCUAACAGUAUGUCUGGUAUAAUCGAGGGUUAUCAAGGUCCCCCUAAUAAUUGUAGUCUCGAGAACUCUGACAAUCCAGCCUUUCAAAUGGACAGCUGCACCACAGCUUUAGCUAAUUGUGAUAAGAAACUCAUUGAAGCUAAAACGAAUAUUGAUGUCAACGAAGGAUGCAGAAUUAACGAAGUUUAUAAGAAUUGUAUGAGAGAAAAUACCACAGAUUGUGAUGUGAGUUUUGUGGAUUCAAUCAAUCAGAAUAUACAACAAGCUGAUCUUUAUUUUAUACAGAGGAACUAUUUCUGUCAAGAACGAAUCGCUAACAAUUUGACAGAGUGUGAUUCGGCAUACAGAGUCUGUAAUUAUAUUCUGAAAGAUAUUGGAAGAACUGUUACUAAAUCACAAGAAGUUUGCAGAUUAGCAGAAGAGUUCAAUGUAUGUAGAACCACCAUGAUCGAUUCCUGUACUCCACAAAUCGGACAGUUCUAUAGUAACAAUGCUGAAACGUCAUCUGAACGCUUUACUGGAGUUCCUUUUUUCUGUGGUUCGGACAAUGGUUGUCAGAAAGUGUUUGAUGAUUGUAAUAAUACUCUUGGAGCCAGGAUGGUAGAACCUUGUGGAUUCCUGCCAAUUCACAAAGUUUGUCUAUCCAGUAUAGCAGAUAUUUGUGAUGCCAGUCAGUUUACGGAGCUUCGGAAUAAAAUCGACCAGAUAGAAAAUGACACCAUAGAAAAUGAUCCGUACCAAUGCAUACCGACCACAACUUUUCCAACGACUACAUUAGAUCCUAACAGAAAACUCAACACCACUGAAUGUAAUAAAGCAAUAUUGCCAUGCUAUAACGAAUUUCAAACUUCUGAGUUUAAAGCUAACGGAGAUUCUACAUUAAUAUGCAGUGCCUUUGAUACCAAUGUAAAAUGUAUUACGGAUAUAGUAGAACGAUGUGAUUUACUAGCUACAGCUGAAGUCAAGAGAAAUCUUCAGUUAAACACAGAUUAUUACAAUGGUCCUCCACACAACUGUAAUGUAGAGACAAAUUUGAAAUUAGAUGUUUGCUCAGAAAUACUUGCAGAAUGCUCCAAGAUCCGAGACAAAUCUCAAAUGACAAAUGAUCCGGAACUGGCUUGCAGUUUACUAGAGGAUUAUAAAUCGUGUAUGACAAUCAAUGCCUCAAUCUGCGAUGUAACAUAUACAACCAUUAUACAAGAUAACAUUCAAUCUACAGAACAGUUCUUUAUUGAUGGCAAAUACUUCUGUGACGAACGUAAAGACUCGGACCAAUCAGUGUGUGAUUCAGCCUACAAUAAUUGUUAUAGUAAAUUAUCACCAGUAGGAGUUCUAGUUGUAGAAUCAGAUUUAGUUUGCCCUCUUGCAGAUGAAUAUGUUAGUUGUGUUGAAGAUAUGCUUGGGAAUUGCACUCAGAAUAUUGGAGAUAAUUAUAAAGACGUUGCUAUGAAUAUAAGAAAGAAUUUUGACAAUGCGCCUUAUAUGUGUAAUGAAGAUAAUCCAUGUCAAGCUAUGUUUGAUUUCUGUAAUGCCACAGACGCCAGUCAGAUACAAGAUCCCUGCGAUUUACCGCCAGUGUAUGAAACGUGUUUCAACAACAUGGCUAUGAUCUGUAACAGACAGCAGAUGAAUGAACUAUCAGCUCAACUUGAAGCUGAAUCUAUCAGACUAAAAGCCAAGUGUGAAGAAACUACACCAACGCCUCUUAAUAUCGUAACGAGGAAUCCAAAGUUUCAACAGAGACCUAUUGGACGUCGUCCUGGAUUUCUUCCAGCAUACGGAGUCACUCCUGGUCAUAUGGAAAAACCAGACGCCAUCAUACAAGGUCCUGCAAAGCGACCAAUAAAUCUAAGGCCUUAUCCAAACCUAGGUGGAUACACACCAGGAGUUGUUCAAUUUCCAGUUGAAACAUGGUCAACAGCUGAUCCAGGACCGACUCCGAAACAAGCAGACGGUGGUCAAACCAUCAAAGUUCCCAUUCAGUGGCCGGCGAUCACCAAAAAUCCACCUCCAACUCUGCCACCAAAGCGUCAUAAUUCAGAACCCGGUUAUGUUCAGGAAGCUUACAAAGAUAGUAAUGGAAAACUGAACCCAAAGCCAACAGAAUGGACUAUGUAUUAUGGAAAUAGUAAGAUAUACGUUUAA